AUGGCCGGCUCAGACCCCAAGCUUUAUCUAUGCCUUUUGGGUGUCGUGCUCAUAGCAUGGCGAUACCUCUUCAACCGUAGACGGACUGAGGCCACAUGGGAAAAGAUUCCAGGACCCCCUUCGGCUUCCUACUGGUUAGGAAAUAUGUCCCGUUUCUCAGCUCGCGACGGAACUGAUUUCCAGAGACAUGUGUCAUUGGACUAUGGCCCAGUUUCGAAGAUAUAUGGCCUUUUCAGCGAACCGAUCAUUAACUUUGCUGAUCCCAAAGCACUUCAUACAAUUCUAAUAAAGGAAGAACAUAUCUUCCAAGAGUCGCAAGCGUUCCUAUCAAUGAACAUGCUCGUAUUCGGCCCUGGACUGCUCUCGACAGUCGGUGAUAUGCACCGCAGGCAGCGGAAGCUGCUGAACCCGGCAUUCUCGACAAGUCAUAUGCGGUCUAUGCUUCCAAUCUUCUAUCGUAUUGUGCACAAGCUGCGUGAUGCUAUUUCGACACAAGUGAAAGAAGGACCCCGAGAGGUAGACAUCCUGAACUGGAUGGGGCGCACUGCUCUGGAGCUUAUUGGACAAGGUGGCUUGGGAUAUUCGUUCGACCCUCUUACUGAAGACGUGCAAAAUCAGUACGGAAAUGCGCUGAAGGACUUGUUUCCGAGCAUGCAAAAGCUUGGGAUUGUAUGGCAACUCGUCCCCUUCAUCUCCAAGCUUGGCCCUGCACAUGUCAGGCGUGCAAUGUUAGACAUGAUCCCAUACAAGAAGGCGCAUAAAGUCAAAGCUAUCGUGGACACUAUGAGCCAGAAAUCGCAGGGUAUUUUCGAUGUGAAAGCUACAGCCCUACGCUCUGGCGAUGAAGUACUCGCACAACAAGUAGGAGAGGGAAAAGACAUAAUGAGCAUCCUCAUGAGGGCAAAUGCGACGACCUCGGACGAAGAUCGGUUGCCCGACCACGAAUUAAUUGCCCAGAUGUCCACGCUGGUCCUUGCCGCAGUAGAUACUACGUCCAACGCUCUGUCUCGUAUCCUGCAAUUGCUAGCGGAGCACCAAGGCGUACAAGAGAAACUGCGCAAGGAGAUAUUGGACGCAGGUGCCAGUGACAGCUUGACGUACGACGAAUUAGAUCAGCUGCCGUUCCUUGACAGUGUCUGCCGUGAGACAUUGCGAGUAUAUCCGCCAGUCUUUCAGGUGUUCCGCGAGGCAAUCAGUGAUACCGUUCUCCAGCUGUCUGAGCCGAUUGUCGGGACGGAUGGCAAAUUGAUCCACGAGAUCCCUAUCACGAAGGGUAUGAAGGUGGUUGUUGGUAUCUUGGGCUGUAACUUGAGCAAGUCACUCUGGGGUGAAGAUGCACGCGAGUGGAAGCCUGAGCGUUGGCUCUCCCCUCUUCCCAGUGCGGUUACGAAGAACACAAUCCCCGGUGUCUACGCCAACUUAAUGUCAUUCCUCGGCGGAAAGCGAGGCUGCAUUGGAUUCAAGUUUUCCGAGAUGGAGAUGAAGGUCGUAUUGUCGGUCCUGCUUUCGAGUUUCAAGUUUGAGCUGACUGACAAACCAAUCGAGUGGAACGUUGCUGGCGUGCGGUAUCCAACGGUCGGCAAAGUCAGCGACGUCCCUCAGCUGCCACUCCGGGUUGAGUUGCUGAAAGCAUAG